CGCGGUUUUGGCAGUUAGUCAAUUCUCAAACCCUGUCUCGCUAGCAAGACGUGUGAUGGAAGAGACACCUCAUUGUGCUCUCAACAUCGAAGGCUGCCUUGCCUUUGCAAAGAAAAUUGGAUACCCCAUUUUAAAAGAUCCAAUGGAGCUUGUGACGGAACAGGCGAAGAUGAAAGGGAACGCAUUUAGUAAAUAUAAUAAUGCUGUUCAUUCACACAGGGAGGGGAGGUCUACAGAGGAAUACCACGACACUGUCGGCGCUGUUGCUAUGGAUACCUCUGGCUGUAUUGCAUGUGCUACAUCAACAGGUAAGCAUAGGUUUCCAUUUGGGUUGUCUGAUGACAUUGGAUACAUGGCUGAUGAUCGCUGCAAUCAAUAAACUUAAGAUUGACUUGCUUACAGCACACAAAAAUAUAAAAUACAAUUCGCAAUUGUUACACGCACAUAUACCAAACGUACUGUACAUCAUCAUCAAGCCCACUACCCAAAUUUAGAGCAUAUGCCGUCGACAAGAGUUUUCCAUGUGUCUCUGUCCUGUGCCAUUCUCGCAAGUUGUCCCCAGGUGUAACCCAUCUUCUUGGUGCCAGCUUCUAGGUCUCGGCGCCAGGUGUUUCUGGUCGGCCCUUUUCCCUUGAGGAUUCCAUGUGAGGGCCUGUCCUGUGGUGUUGGAUGUUGGUUUGCACAGUGUAUGUCCCAGCCAUCUCCAUCUCAUAUAAUUUAAGAAAUUCUGAUUUCAGAAUACCGCGUUUUAAUACGGUAAAAUAUGGAAAACACUCAAUUAGAUACUUAGGACCUUUUUUAUGGUCAAAGUUAAGUAAAGAAGUUAAAAACAAAAAGUUAGGAACAUCAGUACAUUGAACGUUUUCAAGAGUGUUGUUGUUUAGAGGAUGGCGGUUGUAGAAACUGCUAUCUAUGUAAUAAUUAGGGAUUGGUAUUGUAAAUUUAUCUACUCAUAGCUAGUAUACGUAUAAGUAUACUUUUUUUUUGCAUAACAGUAGCUUUAAUCUGCUAAACGCUAGAAUGUUUUGACACACAAAUAAAGUUUCUUAUGUUAUCUUAUCUUCUUUUCUGUAUCUCUUCGUCUGCUGGGGUCUGGCUGGUCCUCUCCCAUAGGUCUUUGUACAUACUUAGUAAAUUUUACUGCUAUAUUUCUAGGGGGUAUACCCGCCAAGAUGCAAGGACGUAUCGGUGACUCCCCUAUGAUUGGCUGCGGAGGUUAUGCAAAUGAAUACGGUGGAUCUUCCACGACUGGUCACGGAGAAUCUUUAAUGAAAAUAACUCUGGCUAGAGAAGCUGUGUAUAACAUUGAGAAGGGAAAUAAUGCGCAGGUGAUUGCUAAUGCUGAACUAAACUUUAUGUAAUAUUUUUUUGUGUGUGUUUUCAGGGACGUCGCUAAGGCAUCAACGGGGGGGGGGGGGGGGGUGUCGUCAUCUUUUGACCAACAUUUAACAGUAAAAAAAUUUCUGGACUAAUAUAAGCAUAUUUAAAAAUUUUUAUAUAAGCAAGGCUUGCCAAUUCUUCACCACAAUUUACCGACUUUGACCUUAAAUUUUAAGCAAAUAUCAGUUCCAUUUUGACCAACUUUGAGCAAAUACCAGUUCCAUUUUGACCAACUUUGACCAACGUUUGAAUUAUUAGGGGGGCUGUUACACCCCCACACCCCCGUUAGCGACGUCCCUGUGUGUUUUGAUGUUAUAUACUCAGGUGAAUUAAUAUAAUGUUUUUGAUGUUACUCUGAGUGUAUAUCCACACCGGGCAGGCUGAAAAGUUAGCCUGACCAACGGUGGGAAUUGAACCCGCGACCUUUGGGAUACCAGUCCAAUGCUCUGCCAACUAAGCUACGAGGCCAAGUCUGUUCGAAUGUGUCAGUAACAUGUUCUGUUUUACGUUUCGCCCAGAUUUCGUCCGAAGAAGCAGUUCAAAGGAUGGAAACACGUAUAAACGGCUAUGGCGGCGUUAUAGUAAUAGAUGAAGACGGAAACUUUGGGAAGGCGUUCAACACAAAGAGAAUGGCAUGGGCUACAGUCAAGGACGAUGUAUUGCAAUACGGUUUGAAACCUAAUGAAUGUAUUAAAGUCGACUUGAAGUAAUAUAUGAAUAUAAUUAUUAUAUUAAUAUAAAAUUAGGUUGUGAAGACAUAAUAAUUCUGAUCGUUGAAGGACAGCAAUGUAAUUAUAAAAAAUACUAACUUAAAUUUUGCUUUAGGGUAGUACUUAGAUGUAGAAAAACCCUUGCCAAAUUUUAGGAUCAUACCAACUCUCUUUUUAGCCUGUGAACUACCGCCGUUGUCCUCCACAAACCAGUUGCAACAAGGUUUUUGUCAAUCCCAUAUCAGGAUGUGUUCGCACUGCUUGUUCCCAGCUAUUGCGACAAGCUGGAACAAGUUGUUAUCACUCUGUUACAAGGUUGAUGGCGGUAACAGACUUGCUACAAGUUGAUCCAACAAAACUACCAAUACAUGCUGUUCGUAACAAGUUACUACGAAAUUGUUGUCGAUAUCAGACUUGUUGGAACAACUUGUUGCGAGUCUGUUGGCCUCAUCAACCUUGGCGUUGCAAGAUGAUAACAAAUUGUUCCAGGCUUGUCAACAACUGGGAACAAGCAGUACGAAUACAUCGCAUCUUGUCAACAAGAUGUGUUCGCAACGGGUUUGUAGCAAGCUUGUCAACAAGUUGUAACAAUGUCGUUUUAUCAAGUUGCUACAAGGUUGGUUUUCGAUAGUUUUGACCCGUUUUUUCGCCUAUUCAUUGGCUUUGUAAUAACAUUUAGUCUCUAAUUAUGCUGAGACACUCCUUAAAUAAAGUAAUGGUAUAAUUUAGUGAACCCUGAAGUAUUAGUAAAUAUGUAUUUUUCUACA